AUGCUCGACUUGCCAGAGGUCCUCGACUUGCUGUUUCCCGAGCGCAGCCCCGCUCGAACCCCUCCGCUCGAGCUUCACCUCCCCGCUGUCCUCCCGCAAGAUGCGCUCGACCUCACGCUCUCGCCGCCGGGACGGCUCGACUUGGUGGACUCUGGGGACGAGGGAAAAGCGUUCCAACCCUUGGCCGCCCAUUCAGCGAACGAGCCGGACAAUAUGGGGCGCCGGCCAUCCCUGCACCGUGCCAGCACAUCCUACCAGAGCUCCCCGCUUCCCGCCAGCCCGUCCCCGACGUUGGACGACGCCUCCUUUGGCGUGCGGUCCCUUGCUUUCGGCGUCUUUACGAGCCCGAGUAGCUUCUCAGCCGAGUGGGAGCGCGAGGGAAAGGGCGUCGACAAGGUCUGGCUGGAAACGAGCGCGAAGGAGAAGAAGACGUCGAUGGUCGUGCGGAUGUGGGAGGAGGGAAGCCCUUUCUCGACGGUGCCGACAAAUGCUGCGAGCAUCCGCAUUACGGUCGAAAUCGGCUCAGUCGAAACCGCCUACAAUUCGCCCGGCAGUUCAUCGCUCUUCCUCCAACUCUCCCGAGCGGCCACUCUGGGACGCUUGCCUGCACCUUCUGGCUCCAGCAGGCCUCGAGGACGACAAAUCCAUUCCUUCGACGACGCCCACGGGCGCGUGGCAGAGUUUGCCGGCCGAGCUUUGCGUCUGAAGUUCCGGACUGAGCCCGAACUGGCGGGCUUCCUCAAGCAUGCCGCCGACGCCAAUUUCCCUCGCAUCUCCUCCACUAUCGUCACCCUCGACACAGUCGCCCGCUUCAGCGAAACGUCCCUUGCCAUGCUGCAGAGCUGGCUGCUCACGCUCGACUUCCGGAUCGCCUUCCAGGUCGAGAAGCUCGUGCGCAACGGACUCGUCGAUCCAGUCAAAGCACUCGAGCUGCGAGACCAAAUCGAAGGCCUCAUCGCCAAGAAGAGCGUCUCUCUCGCUGAGCGAACUUUGGCGUUCUUCGCCGACCGCCUAUCAUCGCUCGACCCGCAUGCAGAAGAGCCGGACGACGACCUGGUCAUCCUUGACCCGCCUCCUCGUCCAACUAGACGACAGCGUCGGAAAACCGACUCGUCCAUCCUCACUCUCGGCUCGAGCGACGAGUCUUCCUCUGAGGACGAAGACGAUCUCCUAAUCCUCGGUUCGAGCCUGCCCUACUUUCAAGACAUGCAGCCUCGCCAUCCCACCCAUCUCUCGACUCAGGAGCUCUCGACUCUGCUCGACCGGGCCGUUGACGAGUUCGAGAAGCUCGGGCAAUUCCUCGCGGAGGCGGAGGAAACCCAGCUCAUCCGGCAGGUCACCUUCACGGCCACUCGAGUUCUCCUCUUCGGUCCUUACUUGGGCGACACCAACUCGAUCGUGCGCGCGUACGACCGACCCGAACUUUUCGUCUCAGUCGCCGUGCGUCAUGAGGACGGGUCGAGCCUUCGCGAACGGGACGACAGCCUCAUCGUCUCUCGCUUGUCCCCUCUCUUCCGCGACGGCUUCGAGCUCGGCGGCCGCUCGUGGAGAUUCCUCGCAUGGUCGUCCUCCGGCUUGAAGAGCUCGUCCUGCUUCUUCGUCUCUCCCUUCCGCCUUGCCGACGAAACGCUCGUUACGCCCACCUUGAUUCACCGAUCGAUUGGCGACUUUACCGGCUCGGAGACCGCCUUGAUCCCCGCCAAAUACAUGGCUCGCAUCGCCCAGGCGUUCUCGUCGUCCAAGCCAAGCCUCACGCUGAAACCGGACCAGAUCCUCUCGAUCGAGGAUAUCACGGCACCCGACGGCUCCUGCUUCUCGGACGGUGUCGGUUUGAUUUCGCCGUCGCUCGCGAGCGAUGUCGUCGAGAAGCUCGGCAUCAAGCUGGGCAAGGAGGAGAAGCCGCCAACCUGCUUUCAGUUCCGGCUAGGCGGAGCGAAAGGGAUGCUGCAGGUUGAUCCGACGCUCGAAGGCAAGGUCGUCGCCCUCCGACCUUCGCAAGUCAAGUUCCGCUCCACCCUCACCUCGCUCGAAAUCGCCGGCACCUUCGAAGCCGGUCCGGGAUACCUCAAUCGACCGCUGAUCACCCUUCUCGAGAACCUCGGCAUACCCGCCGACAUCUUCCUCAAGUUGCAGGCCAAGGCGACCGCCAAGAUUCGCAAGAGUCGCGCGAGUCUGCCGUCCGCCGUCAAGCUCCUUCGCGACUGGAGUCUCGCUUCCGGCACUCGCUUCGUCAGUGCCCUCGGAUUCCUGGCGAAAGACCCCGCCACGCGAGACGCCGCAUUCGCCAACCCAUUCGUCGCCCGAUGCCUCGACGCCUCGGUCGUCCACGCGCUACGAGACAUCAAAUACUCUGCACGCAUCCCGCUUCCCGGAUGCUACAAUCUCGUCGGCGUCGUCGACGUCGACGGCUGUCUUGCGGAAGACGAGAUAUACGCCCGCAUCUCCCGCUCAGACGGCUCGACCGAGUACCUGCACGGCACGAUCGCCAUCAGUCGGAGCCCGACGAACCAUCCUGGCGAUUGUCGGAUCGUUCGCGCGGUCGGCAAGCUGCCGAAAGGUGCGGGAGAGAGGAUUCGCGGCUUAACAAACUGCGUCGUCUUUCCCGUACACGGGUCCCGCUCGCUGCCGUCGAUGCUGGCCGGAGGCGAUCUCGACGGCGACGUCUACCUUCUUCUAACCGAGGCGAGCGGCCUGGUGCCCUCACCCGAUCGCAUCGCUGAGCCUGCGGCGUACGAUGCGGCUCCGACCGUCAAGCUGGACCGGGAAGUCAGCGUCGAGGAUGGCGGCGAGUUCUUCUUCAAGUACAUUACGCGAGACCUUACAGGACUCGUCGCGACCCGACAGCUGCUCCUCGCGGACUCGUACGCCGAGGGCCUCUUUCACCCGGAUUGCCUCAAGCUUGCGCAGCUUCACUCCGACUGCGUCGACGCCGCCAAGAGCGGCACUUUCGUCCCGCAACACGCCGUCCCGCGAGUCACGCAGCGAGGAUGGCCCGACUUCCUGACGAACGACGCGCCGGACAGUUACCGCUCGUCAAAGGCGCUCGGUCAGCUGUACCGCGCCAUCGACGAGAAGGACUUUGCGGUUGCCAAGCCGAAGUCUUCGUCGAAUCCGGCCUUCCUCCUCGACAUUGACCCGCAGCGGCGACUCACGAAGGCGCUGGAAUCGGUCUCGCUGCCAUUCCUUCUCUCAAAGCGUCUCAAACCACCUUCCCGUCCCCUCAUCGCGCACUAUCGCGCCUACCUCCCCUCCUUCUCCUCCGAGCUGUCGAAGCUUCUCUCGCUUUCGCCAACGCCUCUUCGCGCCGGCAAUCUCCAUUUGGCGGAAGAGUCGCUCUUCCUCAGCGUCGUCCUCGGCACGAAGCGUCUGCAGAAGAGCGACAAGCUCGACGCGGGCAAGCGGCGCGAACAAAGCGGGAUGUUGUUCGCCGUCGUCAGAAAGGUCAUCAGGGAGGGCAUGUAUUCGAGCGGGCGACCGGUGAAGACGUCCAGAGCGGUGCAGAACGCCUGGGCGGCGUGGUUGGCCGCAGUGGAGGAGAGCGAGGACCGGUCGAAGCUUGCGACGGCGGAGAAGAAGCGAGCCGCCUCCGGCAGGCGCGUCGGUGGAGCGACAGACUCGGGUCGCCUGUUGGGGCUGAGUUCGUGGGCUUGGCUGGCGCUGGGCGUCAUGGCCGAAGAGCUGGAGCGGCUGGAGAAGGAGAACGUUGAAGUCCUUGUUGUUGACUAG